AUGUAUCGGAUCGCGAAUAUCUACGUCCUUGCCGCGUUUGGCACCAUCGGUGGUGCCUUGUUUGGUUUUGAUGUGAGUUCGAUGAGCGCCUGGAUUGGCGUCGACACAUAUAAUGACUACUUCAACCAUCCGGAUUCCAACCUCCAAGGAGGUAUCACCGCGUCCAUGUCCGCCGGGUCCUUUGCCGGGUCAAUUGCAGCAGGAUGGCUCUCCGAUAUCCUCGGUCGCCGAGGUGCCUUGAUGAUUGCAUCCUUAGUCUGGAUCGUCGGAGCGAUGGUCCAAUGCAGUGCCCAGAAUGUCACCCAUCUUGUCGCCGGUCGCGUGGUCAGCGGGCUCGCGGUUGGUGUGACCUCCUCGCAAACAUGCGUGUACCUUUCUGAGCUGGCACCCGCCCGUAUUCGCGGUCGUGUCGUCGGUAUACAGCAGUGGGCAAUUGAAUGGGGUAUCCUGAUCAUGUACCUGAUCGCAUAUGGCUGUGCGGUGGGAGUCUCCGGUCCUGCUGCCUUCCGAAUCUGCUGGGGCAUUCAAGCCGUACCCGGUCUGAUUCUGUUCAUUGCUCUGUUUUUCUUUCCCGAGUCGCCUCGUUGGCUGGCUGCCAAGGAACGAUGGGAAGAGGCUCUGGACGUGCUCGCUUUGAUCCAUGGCAAAGGCGACCGCAAUGACCCCGUGGUGCAAGUUGAGUUUGAGGAAGUUCAAGAGGCCGCCCGCAUUGCCCACCAGUCCAAGGACGUCUCCUUCCUGUCGCUGUUUGGCCCUCGAAUCUGGAAGCGUACCAUGUGCGGAAUGAGCGUGCAGAUGUGGCAGCAGUUGCUUGGUGGUAAUGUGGCCAUGUACUAUGUGGUGUACAUCUUCGAGAUGGCUGGCUUGAGUGGAAACACCACUCUAUGGUCAUCGGCAAUUCAAUAUGUCAUUUUCCUCGUCACGACCGGGAUCAUGCUUCCAUAUAUUGACCGUGUUGGUCGUCGCAAACUCUUGCUUUCCGGUUCUGUGAUUUGUAUGAUGAUUCAUUUUAUCAUUGCCGGCAUCAUGGCCACCAAGGGAAAGCCCGUAUCCAAUGUCAACGGCAACUAUAACCUGACCUGGUCCAUCAAAGGUGCAUCUGGUAUGGCAGUUAUCGCCUUUUCCUACAUUUUCACCGGCAUCUACGGCUUCACUUGGGCACCCACCGGCUGGAUUUACGCAUCCGAAGUCUUCCCCCUCAAGUACCGCGCCAAGGGUGUCGGUCUCUCAGCGUCAGCAAAUUGGAUUUUCAACUUUGCUCUGGCCUACUUCGUUGCCCCUGCAUUUCACAAUAUCCAGUGGAAAACAUACAUCAUUUUCGGAGUCUUCUGUUUCGUGAUGACAUUCCACGUCUUCUUCAUGUAUCCCGAGACCGUGGGCCGAUCUCUAGAAGAGAUUGACCUCUUGUUUGAUUCCAACGUGAGACCGUGGAAGACCGCCGCGGUGCAUGAUCAAUUCGGUGAUGAAGUGGAGAGACAUAAGAGCCAAGUGGCCAAAGAGCAGCCAGAAACUGCUCAUCAAGAAGUUGUCUAG